AUGGAGCAGACUCCUCACAGCUUUCUGAUCUCCUACCAGACUGAGGGAACUGAGCCAGAGACCAUCUCUACAGAGGCACAAAGCACAGUCAUGACCGAACUAAAGCCCUACACUGAGUACACAUCGAUAAAACCAGGCAUCCCAGCAUGUUAUUUGCUUUCGACAGAGAAGAGUGACGUUGCUGGCAAUUCAGCAGUCAGAAGAUGGACUUUUGGAGAGAGAGACAAGAGUAGAACUACUAAAACCAUCCUAUUGAUUGGAGAAACUGGUACUGGGAAAACUACUCUCAUAAACACCAUGGUCAACUACAUACUGGGAGUAGAAUGGGAGGACAGAGUCUGGUUUCAGAUCGCGGAAGAAAACAAAGGUCGCAAGUCACAGGUGGAAUCUCGCACAUCUGACAUCACAGUUUAUGAGGUUUUUGUGGAAACAAGUGAUUCGUGUUUGAGAAUUAUUGACACUCCAGGUUAUGGAGCAACUGACUGGAUGAAUCUUGAUCAGAUGACCGCUGAUAACUUGCGAUUCUUGUUCACAUCUGAAGAUGGCAUUCAUGAAAUUGAUGCUGUGGGUCUUGUGGUGAAAUCUACACAGAAUCGCCUCACACAAUUUCAUCAGUAUAUCUUUGACACCAUUCUCUCCGUGUUUGGGAAAGAUAUUAAGAAUAACAUAGCAGUGUUCAUCACACACUCAGAUGGCCUGCCUGCUGCCAACGUCAUCACUUCCCUCAAUGAAGCAGGAGUGCCUUGUGCCAAAGAUACCGGUGGGGAACCACUUCAUUUCAUGUUCAACAACCGACAAACUGAGACCUAUGAGGAGGCUCAUGAAGGCGCCUAUCAUGCAGCAUGGAACCUAGGAAGGGAUAGUGUGAAAAGGUUUUUAGGGUUUAUGGAAGAUACUGACCGAAAAAGCCUGCAGGAUUGUACAGAACUGUCAGAAGUGAGUGACACAGAACGUAGAAGGCUAGAAGCCUGUGUCAGCAACCUGAAAGAUGCCAUAAUCACAGAGAAAAUGCGUCAGGAAAUGCAUCUGCAGACACACAAAGCCUUGGAAACUUUUAAACGGAAAUUGGACAACAAUGAACAUUUCUGCUAUGAAGUUGAAGUACCACACAAAGUCGAGGUCCCAAUAAAAUCUCUCUUGCAGUGGACCACCGGGGCGAUGUGCUGCACCAUAUGCCAGGAGAACUGCCAUUAUCCAGGCUGUGGGUUGGUCAAAGAUCGCUCAGCUUGCACAGUCAUGAAAAAUAACAGGUGUACUGUAUGUACUGGGAAGUGCCCAGCCUCUGCUCAUGUCAAACAGAGGAAGAUCUUCAAACAGGAAAUCAAAAGUGUAGUGAAGAAGAGUAAAGAUUUGAAGCAACAGUAUGGAGAGGAAGUGGAUGUUAAGAAAGCAGUUGAGAAGGAGCUGAAUAAAUCAAAAGCUAACAUGUCUGAUUUGCUGGGUAAAGCCUACCGUUGCUUAGCUAAACUGACGAACACUGAUUCAAAGAGGGAUUCUAUGUCCAUUCUUCUUCAUCUUAAGUUCUUCAUUGAGAAGGUGAAGGAAAUGGGAGAUGAUGACAGUGCUCAGAAAUUUGAAGAACUGCAGAGACAAAUGAUGCCCUUAAACAGAAAAGGGAGUAGGUUACAUUCGGCUUAG